AUGGGAAUUUUUUCGAGGGCGUGGCGAGGGGAUCUCCUUUCUGGAACGAUCUCCAAGCGGUCCGGCCAGCUUUCGCUCAGGGAGCAAAGUUCUCCAUUGUGGCCCGGCUCGGUCGUGAGGUUCUCCACGAACCACCGCGGUGGCGGGCUGCAGCAGUCGGAGGAGCUCAAGGUGCCGACCGAGCUGGGCUCUUCCCUGGACAUGCUGGAGUACGUCAUAACCGUCGGCGUCGGCUCGCUGGCGGUGCAGCAGACCAUGACCAUGGACACCGGGAGCGACGUGUCGUGGGUGCACUGCAACUCCAACUCCACGGCCGGGUCGCCGCCCUUCGACCCCGCCAAGUCGGCCACGUACGCCGCGUUCCCGUGCGGCGCCCCGGCGUGCACACAGCUCGGUGCGGAGGCCAACGCCUGCUCCAACUCGCAGUGCCAGUACAUGGUCCGCUACGGCGACGGCUCCAACACCACCGGCACGUACGGCUACGACACGCUGGCGCUGGGCUCGGACACGGUCAAGGGCUUCCAGUUCGGCUGCAGCCGCGUCGAGGAGGGGUUCGGCGACAAGACCGACGGGCUCAUGGGGCUCGGCGGCGACGCGCAGUCGCUCAUCUCGCAGACCGCGGCGACGUACGGCAGGGCCUUCUCCUACUGCCUCCCGCCUUCCCCCGGCUCCAAGGGGUUCCUGACGCUCGGCGUGCAGACCAGCACGGCGGGCUUCGCGACCACGGGGAUGCUCCGAAGCGAGCAGGCCCCGACGUUCUACGGCGUGCUCCUCCAGGGCAUCAAGGUCGGCGGUGAGCAGCUCAGCGUGGCGCCCUCCGUCUUCUCUGCCGGGUCCGUGAUGGACUCCGGGACCAUCAUCACGCGGCUGCCGCCCACGGCGUACACAUCGCUCAAGACGGCGUUCAAGGACGGCAUGAAGCAGUACCCGACGGCGCCGUCCAGGAGCAUCCUGGACACGUGCUUCGACUUCAGCGGCCAGGACAACGUCAGCAUACCGACCGUCGCUCUGAUGUUCGACGGCGGCGCGGUCGUCGACCUCGACGCGAACGGGAUCAUAUUCGGCAGCUGCCUCGCGUUCACGACCGAGCCGGGCCACUAA